AUGUCCGUCUUGGAUUUUCCGACAACACUAAACUCCACGAAGCCGAAGGUACUAACUACAAACUCUUCUUCCUUCCCUCUUGUUCGUCGUUUGGAUAUGUUUGUACAGCUCUAUAAACUUCUGGUGAGGGCACUAAAAGAGAUAGGGAAGAAGCUAGGGAAGAAAGAUUGGGACUUUAAGAAAGAUCCAUGUAGUGGUCAAGGCAAUUGGGUUGUUACCACUUACACAACUAAAGAGUUUGAGAGUAAUAUCACUUGUGAUUGCUCACUGCUUCCUCCUAACUCAUCUUGCCAUGUCAUCAGAAUAGCUUUGAAGUCGCAGAACUUAUCAGGCAUUGUCCCUCCAGAAUUCUCUAAGCUUCGUCACCUCAAAGUUUUAGACCUUAGCCGUAACUAUCUGACUGGUUCCAUUCCAAAGGAAUGGGCUUCUAUGCGUUUGGAAGAUCUAUCUUUUAUGGGGAACCGAUUGUCUGGUCCUUUCCCGAAAGUCCUAACCCGCCUUACAUUGCUCAAAAACUUGAGCCUCGAAGGAAAUCUCUUUUCAGGACCAAUCCCUCCUGAGAUAGGAAAAAUGAUUCAUUUGGAGAGACUUCAUCUUCCUUCAAAUGCUUUCACUGGCCCAUUGCCUGAAAAUCUUGGAUUGCUCAAGAACUUGACUGAUAUGAGGAUAAGUGAUAAUAACUUCACUGGCCGGAUACCAGAUUUUAUCGGCAAUUGGACAAGGAUAAUGAAACUGCAGAUGCAUGGUUCCGGUUUGGAUGGUCCGAUACCUUCUAGUAUUUCAGCAUUGACUAGCUUGACCGAUCUGAGGAUUAGCGACUUAGGAGGCAAACCGUCUUCCUUCCCUCCAUUAAAUCAUUUGGAGUCUAUCAAGACACUGGUAUUGCGAAGAUGCAAUUUAAACGGCCCAAUUCCAAAAUAUAUUGGGCAUAUGAAGAAGCUCAAAACACUUGACCUCAGUUUUAAUCUCCUAACUGGUGAGAUUCCUCCAUCGUUUGAUAAUAUGAAGAAAGCCGAUUUCAUUUAUUUGACAGGAAACCAUCUUACAGGAGCUAUUCCGAGCUCAUUUGUCGAAAGAAACAAAAACGUAGAUGUUUCUUACAACAACUUUACCGAUGCAAGUUCAAUUCUCACUGAUGGUUGUAGCCGAGUUACUUCGAAUUGGGUGGAAAGCUUCUCCAAAGCGAAUAAAUCGUACGGAACCACUCUCUCUGUUUUAAACACAAGCAAUCAUCCUGUUAUCUUCAGCACAUCCCUUGUCUUCUUCCUAAGAGAGACCGUAAGUAACAGUAAGCGCUUGUGUUGUUUUCAUCAUAAUUCUGAUAAAUAUAAACUGUACAUAAACUGCGGAGGAAGUGAAGUAAAAGUGGAUAAAGGAAUAACAUAUGAAGCUGACACUGAUCCAAAAGGUGCUUCUAUGUUCUACCUUGGCGAUCACUGGGCGUAUAGCAGCACCGGGAACUUCAUGGACAACGAUGAUGAUGCUGAUGAUUACACUGUCCAGAACACAACCAGAUUAUCAGUUAAUGCUUCGUCUCCAAUCUCUGAGAUUUACAAGACAGCUCGAGUCUCUCCUUUAUCAUUGACUUACUAUGGACUCUGUCUUGGAAAUGGUAACUACAAUGUAAAACUCCACUUUGCUGAGAUCGUCUUUACCGAUGACCAUACAUUUUACAGUCUCGGUAAACGUUUGUUCGAUGUUUAUGUUCAGGAUAAGUUAGUGAUUAGAAACUUCGACAUUCAAAAGGCGGCUGGUGGAUCGGGUAAACCAAUUAUUAAAAAUUUUACGGUAGAUGUAACGGACCAUAAUCUGAAGAUCGGUUUGCGAUGGGCUGGGAAAGGGACAACAGGCAUUCCAAUUAGAGGAGUUUAUGGUCCUAUGAUCUCAGCUAUAUCAGUGAAACCAAAUUUCAAACCUCCGGUAUAUCAUGACAAAAAAACUAUCAUGCUAGAAGCAGGGAUAUCUGUAGCAGCAACACUUCUUUUGUUUAUCAUAGUGAGUAUAUUUUGGAAAAGAAGGUGUGACAAAAAUGCUAUUGACAAAGAGCUAAGGGGUUUAGAUCUUCAAACUGGAACUUUCACUCUACGACAGAUUAAAGCAGCCACUGAUAACUUCGAUGCAUCAAUGAAGAUUGGUGAAGGUGGAUUUGGCUCUGUUUACAAGGGUGUAUUAUCAGAGGGAAAAUUGAUUGCAGUUAAACAAUUGUCCGCAAAAUCUAGGCAGGGAAAUCGAGAGUUUGUGAAUGAAAUAGGAAUGAUCUCAGCUCUACAACAUCCAAAUCUUGUGAAGCUCUAUGGAUGUUGUGUUGAAGGAAACCAGUUGAUAUUGGUGUAUGAGUAUUUGGAGAACAACUGUCUCUCUCGUGCGCUAUUCGGAAAGGAAGAGAGUUCUAGACUGAAACUAGACUGGUCAACAAGGAAGAAGAUUUUCUUGGGCAUAGCUAAAGGACUAACAUUUCUCCAUGAAGAAUCUAGGAUAAAGAUUGUACACAGAGAUAUAAAGGCAAGCAACGUGUUACUCGAUAAGGAUCUUAACGCUAAAAUCUCUGACUUUGGUUUGGCCAAGCUUAAUGAUGAUGGAAACACGCAUAUCAGCACCCGUAUUGCAGGAACUAUAGGUUAUAUGGCUCCUGAAUAUGCGAUGCGUGGUUACUUGACUGAAAAAGCGGAUGUUUAUAGCUUUGGCGUGGUUGCACUUGAGAUCGUAAGCGGAAAGAGUAACACAAACUUUAGGCCAAGCGAGGACUUCGUUUACCUUCUUGAUUGGGCUUAUGUUUUGCAAGAGAGGGGAAGCUUGCUAGAGCUAGUUGAUCCAACGCUAGGCUCGGAUUAUUCAGAAGAAGAAGCCAUGCUGAUGUUGAAUGUGGCGCUAAUGUGUACCAACGCGUCGCCUACGCUUAGGCCUACAAUGUCUCAAGUGGUGAGUCUCUUAGAGGGAAAGACCGCUAUGCAAGAGUUGCUCUCGGAUCCUAGCUUCUCAACGGUUAACCCGAAGCUUAAAGCAUUGAGGAACCAUUUUUGGCAGAACGAGCUGAGCAGAACACUUAGCUUCUCCACAAGCAGGCCUUGUACUGACUCUGUCAAUUCACAAGUUGAUGCUGAGGAGAAGACUGGACUUUUGGAUUGA